CUCCACGAUGUAACGUAAUGUUCAUUUUCAGUACUCGCCUGGUUUUUCACCAAAGAGCUGAUAUUUGAAAUCUUUAAAUUAAGAAAUCCUUUUGAACUCCGUAGGCAUAAUUUUAUUGUGGUUUUUUAAACUCUUAUCUACUUAAGUUAUUGUUAAUUUGAUUUGAUUACUUAUUGGUAUUACAAAAAAAAAUGUAUCUUAAUUAAACAAUUAAAAUUAUAUAAAAGUUAAUGUACGUUACGCAAAAAAUGUAAAAUAAAAUGCUCAAUCAAAAACAAAUUAAUGCAAUAAUUUUAAUUUUAUUUGUUUGUAUAAAGAAAAGUGAAUUAACGACUAAACCAAAAAUUGAAUGUGGUUACAAACAAUGUCCUCCAACGAAAGACGGGGCGCUGAACGUGCACAUCAUACCACAUUCACACAUGGACGCUGGCUGGGUGAAGACCUUCGAUGAAUAUUACUAUGGCACUAAAAUGACGAUCAGUACAGCAAACGUCCAGAUAAUUUAUCACUCCGUUCUCUCAGAACUUCUGCAUGACAAAAGAAGAAAGUUCACCUUCUCAGAGACAGCUUACUUCUGGCGCUGGUGGAAGGAGCAGCGAGCAAGUACCCGAGCCACCUUCAGGGCCCUGGUGGCGGAAGGUCGCAUCGAGUUCGCUGGCGGCGGCUGGGUGCAGGCUGACGAAGCCACGGCUGACUACCUCCAACUGUUGGACCAUUAUACUUGGGGACUUCGAAAGCUGAACGACACACUUGGACCCUGCGGUAAGCCGAAAGCUGCGUGGCAGAUUGACACAUACGGACAUACAAGGGAGCACACCUCGUUGCUUGCUCAGAUGGGCUUUGAUGGACUUUUCAUAGGAAGAGUAGACCACAAAGAAAGAGAAGCAAUGAUAGAAGAGGACAGGAUGGAGUUUAUGUGGAGAGGAAGUGACGUUCUUGGUAAAAUGUCUGAUAUCAUGACCCACACGCUGUUUAACCUGUACAACGCACCGGACGGUUUCUGCUUCGACUUCCUGUGCAGCGACGAGCCGAUCGUCGACGACCCAGACAGCAGAGUUUACAAUGCUGACAAACGGGUCAACGACUUCAUAUCUCAGCUCGAGCGGCAGGCGAAGUACUACGAUCAUGACAACAUCAUGGUGACCAUGGGCGGAGACUUCACCUACCAGAGCGCGGCGCACUGGUUCAUGAAUAUCGACAAACUUAUCAACCACGUGAACACGCACCCGGCCAACAUGUCCGACAUCAACAUAUUCUACUCGACGCCAUCUUGCUACCUGAAAGCUAUAUACUUGUACGGGAGACGGGAUAAAGCGAUUUAUACUGAAAAGAGUGACCACUUACCAUACGGUAGCGAUGCAACCACAUACUGGACUGGAUUUUAUACUUCAAGACCGAGUCUCAAAUAUUUUGUCAAAAGAGCACAUAUUUUCUUACAGGUAGUAAAACAGCUCUCAGUUCUAUCUCGUAUGGGUGACUCGUAUGAACUGCACUUGUUGAGACAUGCCGUCAGUUUGAUGUUGCACCAUGAUGCCAUUACAGGUACCAGCCAACAGCAUGUCGCAAACGAUUUUAUAAAAACGAUAUCUGAAUCUAUUGAAGCCUGUUCCAAGAAAGUGUCACAGUUUUUGGGGAUUUUGACUCCCACUUGGGGUGGAAGCAGGCGUCCAAAAAAUAACCAACAAUUUGUUGUGUGUCAUCAACUCAAUAUGAGCCAAUGUCGCUUUGCAGAAGGUCAGGAAUCACUGUUGUUGCUCGUGUACAACCCGCUCAGCGUGAAGACGUAUUACCACGUGCGGUUGCCGGCCAUCGCGCUCCACUACUCCAUUAGAGACUUUAACGAUGAAGAAGUGGAGUACCAACUGGUACCGCUCUCAACAGCGAUCAUCAACCUGCCCGGACGGAGCUCCACGGCAAUACAGGAGCUCUGCUUCGAGGCUGAGAACAUCCCUCCUCUGGGUUACACAUCCUACUACAUCACGCCUAUAAGGGACCAGCUGGCAGAAGGUCAGUUCGUGAAAAAAUCUAAACAGAAUCCAGAAGCGGAACAAGAGUUAAUACCCUACAUCUCUAACGAGUACAUAAAAGUGUCGGUGGAUAAGACGACCGGUUUUCUGGAGUCUAUCCAGCACGUGGACGGCCCGAGGGUCGUGGUGUCGCAGAACUACUACUACUACAGCCAGAGACAGCAGAGCCUCCAGUCCGGCGCCUACAGCUUCCGCCCGGACAGCGACAGACCUACGCCUGUGACAGAAAAGGCAUCAUACCACACCAUCCGCGGGUCACUAGUGAAGGAGAUUCGACAGCGAUUCAGCGACUGGGUGACACAAAUCAUCCGGCUCUACCGUGGCGAAGAGUUUGUGGAGAUCGAAUGGAUUGUUGGACCUGUGCCUAUCGGAACGGAUCUUGGCAAGGAAGUAGUAUCAAUAUUCAAGACGAACAUAAGCAACAACGGCAUCUUCUACACUGACUCCAACUCUCGCCAGAUGAUGAAGAGGACCUGUUGGAAUGAAUCCACUAGUCAGCAACAAAAGAAACGUCUACCAGCUUGCUUCUACCCGGUCACAUCACGCAUCUGCGUGCAGUCUCAGAACAGCAGCGCGGAGCUGUGCGUGCUCACGGACAGGGUGCAGGGAGCCACUUCUUACAACGAGGGGGAGAUCGAGCUGAUGAUUCAUAGAAGACUGCUAACAGACGACGGCUUCGGCUUGGAAGAAUCGUUAAACGAAGAAGCAUUCGGAGUAGGCUUGGUCGUGAAGGGCAAACACAGGAUCUUCUUCGGCAAUUUCAGACUGGAUGUUGACGAUCAAACAUUUUCGGAGCGGGCGUCCCAGAUGGCGCGCAAGUGGACGUUCGAGCCGUGGCUGUUCAUGACUCCUGGGGAGAAGAUCAGCCGCAGGAAGUGGCAGAAUGUCAGAAAUAAGAGGUUUUCAGGUGUUCGUCUCCACGGCCUGCCGCGCCACAUUCACGUCCUGACCUUGGAACCGUGGAAAGCAGGCUCAGUUCUCUUGAGGCUCGAAAACACUUUGGAGAAGAAUCAUGGUUUUCAAAAACGCGAGACUGAGAUGCUGGAUGAGUUGAGUAAUUCGUCUCACAUCACUGUGGACUUGCGCAAGAUAUUCUCGCACUUGAAGAUUAGGAGGCUCCGGGAAACCACGCUCGCUGCCAACCAGUGGCUCGAUGACGCCAGGCAGAUGGACUGGAGCACCAGAUACGUUUACUCCGGAGGUGACGACGGCAUUUUUCCUGAAGACAAUCCUGACUAUCCUGAUGAAAUGAAAGGCACUAAGCCAUUGGACAUUAUAGAGUCCGCACAUUACUCAGACGAAGAAGACUAUACCCAUAAGAAAGUGUACAGACACUCGGACAGACGUAUCGACGAUGGUAAAGCAAUAUCCAAAAUUAAAACUACCCGGGAAUUUGAAAACAGAAGAAAAAGAUCAGCUAACAUCAUCGAUAAUCUUAUAGAGCAAAAUGAAACUACACAAGAAGUUUUUAAAACUAUUGACGCGCGACAGCAAAGGAUAAAUGCAGAUUUAAAUAUGAACAACACAGUUUUUGGUUACGAAAACAGCACUUUGAAGCCAAAAAUGUACAAAAAUUCAACUCGGCACAUUAGAAAACACACAAUAACGACGAAAAAAACACCAAAAUUCAAUUUUUUGUCGGUAAAAAUGAAACCGUCAAUCUUUUUCGUCGAUUUGAGCAAAACUGAGGAAUUGAGGUUUUCAGAGGAAGAUAUCUCAUCGAGCAUUAAGAAGCGGUUUUCGAAAAAGAGGAGUAAUGAGACGAGAAGUUUUAAAAACGUCGAAACAGACAUCUACCAAGACGAUACAGACGAUGGGGUAACUAAAUCAAUAUACGAUAUGUACUACAAAAACUACAGAAGUAAACAGAGGAAGUCUGCCUUCAAACCGCAUAUAAGGAGCUCAGAAGAGUUCACAGAACGUUCCAGAAAACGCAGAAGAAUCAGAAGGGUUAAGAAGAACGAUGAUAAUUAUGAAAUUACAUCGAGAAGGAGUAAGCAUAGAAGAAAGGGAUCCAUAGUGGGCGUGCCGUUCUUUAUUACUGAUAGAUUUGAUAAAGAAAACGUAGAAUUGGGAAAGGUACGCGGCAGGGAAUAUUGUCCUGAGGAUGUCGGACCAAGAACAGAUAAAUUAUUGAAGCGAGAAACGUCACGGUCGCGGAGCAAACGUCGUCGACGUCGGGACUACCCGGACGACGACGACGACGAAGACAAUGAAGAUGAAGAAGAGAUGGAAGACGAGGGGGAUACACAGAUUCGGAGAAGUAAGCGAGCAAUCAUGAACGACGAGCAAACUGAGCAAAGCUCUGAGCCGGAGCCUGAACACGUUAUCACGCUCAAGCCGACGCAGAUACGAACUUUUAUUUUAUGGCUCGAGGAUAAGAAACCUUAUACGUUAUAGUUUGUCAAUUAGAAAUCUUCCAAAUAUUGGGCUCUGGUGAUAUUCUCGAACCAAAUUUUUAA